UUACUUCCGCAUCUCGUGACCAUGAUAUGUGUUGGAGCAAUCCUGCAGCUCAUCGUUUGAACGAAACCUGGGAUUUGCUUUUUUAACUUUGCUCCUCAGACGUGAGAUCAGGUGAAGAACCAUCAUGUCUGUGCUCAGAGCUGGAAACUCGCUGCUGCUGCUGAUAAUGAUGAUGAUGAUGAUGUUUGGACCAUCGCUCAGCGCCCCUCGGUCGUUCAGUAUCGAUUACAAGAACGACUGCUUUCGGAAAGAUGGGGAAGAGUUUCGUUACAUAUCGGGAGGUAUCCACUACUACAGGAUUCCUAGAGUCUACUGGAAAGAUCGGCUGCUCAAGAUGUACAUGGCGGGGCUGAAUGCUGUCCAGACGUACAUUCCGUGGAACUUCCACGAGGAGUCUCCAGGUCAGUACAAUUUCAACGGAGACAGGGAUUUAUCACAUUUCGUUCAGGUGGCGCAGGACGUUGGUCUAUUGGUGAUCCUCCGGGUAGGACCGUACAUAUGUACAGAGUGGGACAUGGGUGGGCUGCCGGCCUGGCUUCUCAAGAAGAAAGACAUUGUGCUGCGGACUUCAGAUCCAGAUUACAUCGCAGCAGUAGACCGGUGGAUGGGGAAGUUACUGCCAUUGAUGAAACCUUUUCUGUAUCAGAACGGUGGUCCCAUCAUCUCUGUGCAGGUGGAGAACGAAUAUGGCAGUUACUACGCUUGUGAUUUCAACUACCUGCGUCACCUGACCAAGCUGUUCCGCUUCCACCUGGGCAACGAGGUGGUGCUCUUCUCCACGGAUGGAAAUGGAGUCAGCUAUUUGAAAUGUGGCACAAUACAAGAACUCUAUGCCACUGUUGACUUUGGGCCUGGUGCAAAUGUAACUGCAUCCUUUGAGGCACAGAGAUACGCUGAACCUCAUGGACCUUUGGUGAACUCUGAGUUUUACACCGGCUGGCUGGACCACUGGGGAUCCCCUCACUCUGUCAUCGCGACUGCCCAAGUGGUCAAGUACCUGAACCAGAUUCUGGCCACUGGAGCAAACGUCAACAUGUACAUGUUCAUAGGUGGAACAACUUUCGGAUUCUGGAAUGGUGCCAACACUCCAUACGCCCCACAGCCCACAAGCUACGACUUCAAUGCCCCGCUCUCAGAGGCAGGAGACCUCACGGACAAGUACUAUGCCAUCCGAGAGGUCAUCAGCAUGUACCGGAAGAUACCAGACGGACCGAUUCCACCAACAACCCCAAAGUAUGCAUACGGUGCUGUUAAAAUGAGAAAGCUCCAGACGAUCUUAGAUACAGUAGAAAUACUGUCUGUCUCCGGCCCGGUCAAAAGCAUGUAUCCUCUGACGUUCCUCGACCUGCACCAGGCUUUUGGAUUUGUGCUGUACAGGACCACUCUGCCUGUCGCCUGCAACACAUCCACUCCACUGUCGUCCCCUCUGAACGGAGUCCAUGACCGAGCGUACGUGUCCAUCGAUGGGGUGGCCGUUGGGAUCCUGGAAAGGAACAAAGUCUUGAGCAUCAAUGUGACUGGGAAGGCUGGAAGUCAGCUGGACGUACUGGUGGAGAACUUAGGUCGAAUCAACUAUGGAAAGGACAUCAAUGACUUCAAGGGGUUGGUGACCAACUUGACUCUUGGGAAGAACAUCCUCACUGGUUGGACCAUGUACAGUCUCAGUAUAAAUGAUGCAAUCAAACAGGGCCUCAUCCAGGAAAAAGAGCCCACACUAUCACCCCCCCCUCCGCCUGCUGCUCUCUCCCUUCCAGCCUUUUACCGGGGGAGCUUCAUCAUCCCUGACGGUGUCCCAGACCUCCCCCAGGACACCUACAUCAAACUGCCCAAAUGGAGAAAGGGCCAGAUCUGGAUUAAUGACUUCAAUCUGGGACGUUAUUGGCCAGAUCGAGGCCCCCAGGUGACGCUUUUUGUCCCGGCCAGCCUCCUCAGCACGGCUGCCCCCAACAACGUGACUGUCCUGGAGCUGGAGGGGGAUCCUUGCAGCUCGGGGCCGUGCACUGUGGAGUUCACUGACACACCAAUCCUAAAUGCAACAGUCCCCGCUCACUACAAGCAGCGCUGGGGCCUGUUUACUCGAGAGGAUUUGUUGGAUUGAUGAGGCAAACUGAAUCAGUUUGCUCUACUUACUGAUGAACAAGCCUGAAUCAGGACGUGUGAGUUUGAUACUAAUGGGAUUUUAUUUCUUUUUAUUUCUUUUUAUCUUCACAAAGGGAUUAUUGCCAAUCAAAGAAAAGCCAACACACAGCAACCUGUGUUUCAGAGAACAUUUUAUUUUUUUAUGUGGAAAGCAAAUCAGGGAAAUAUUCUGUGUAUUAUCAUGAAACAUUGUUGGACUACUGUUUUUGAUUUAUUUGAUUUUUCUUACAACCUGUCUGAUUUAAGAAAAUAAAAAUCAAAAAGUAUUUUAUGAUGCUUCAAUGACCCUCCUCUUUUUUAAACAAGGUGCUAUCAGUCUGUGGGUGCUGUGUUUAAGAUAUAUAAAAUAUAUUUUAUAUAACUUGAUAAAGUUAGAUUUCACUUGUAAAGAGGGACUCUAAGGAUUUUAUUUUGUGACUAAACUUUGGCAGGUUUAGGAAAUAAAACAAAUGAGGAAUAAGAUUAAUCAGAGUGACACUCACAAAGUCUCUUGACAAGAUGAAUCGCUAAUAAAUAUAUUAAUGGUGUGUUUUCUGUUAUGUCUGUUGUGUAGGAAGAAAACAAUAACUGAAGCGUAUUGAGUGAGCAAGUGGCAGCAAUGCUCCUAAUAUUUAAUCUAUGAGGGACAUGUUUGUAGCAAUAAACAUAAUGGACACAUUACAGACUUAAUGGAUGUCUGAAAAAAAUAUAUUUGAUAUUCGAUGUUGAUGUAAUACACAAUGGUCAAUCACGACAGUGUUGCAGGAGAGCAAUGCUGAAUCUACACGUUGAUGUUGUAAUACAGGUACAGAAUGUGAAAACCUCUGCAUUGACUGAGAGUAAAUCAGUUUAUUGUAAAAAUUUCAAGAAAUAAUGGAAAAGGUUUUCAUUGUCUGGGCAUGCAUAAUAAAAGAA